GUCAUUUUGGAUGUCCAACCUUCCACCAACCUUAGUUUCGCUUGUGCACAACUUCUUUUGGAUGGGUGUUCAGCAAGUCAGUAAAAAUGCUCUUAAAGAUUCGAAACUAUAAAGGAACUCAUUUGAAAGCUAAUAUUUUGUUUUUUAGCACAAAAAGUAGCUUGUUUAAGGCAUCUCCUGAAAGACGGAAUCCCGAAAACUCAGAAAGACAAACUGAUAAGUAUAUUUCCUGUCAAAUGCGUGAUGUAACAAAAGCAAACCUGAAUUCAUUACCAAAAAACCUCGGAGAUGAUAAAGAAAGGGUCACGUUUCAGCAAUGGCUUCAAUCUCCUGAGGUAAGGAAAGCAAAGUCUUUUAACGGAUCUGGGUUUGGAUUGGGACCAAGACGGGAUCAACCCUUCCCAUUAAAUCCAACUUUUCGACCUGCGCGUCCUACUUCUCAUUCCGCACGAAUGCAAAUUAGUGAUGAGUAUCUCAAAGGUGUCAGUAUUGAUGUGCUUGCUCGAAAAUACAAAACGUGUCCCCAAAGAGUUGAGGCUAUCUUAAAGUUAAGAAAUCUGUUUGAGGAGCGUCAAAGUCAAAACGCUCCUGUGCUAUCCAGUUACGCCAAUGUAAUGGAAAGAAUGGUGAAUGCUUGCAAUGAACCAAGCCGACUCCAAUUCAAUGACCAUGAAGAUCUUCCAAUCCAAUCGAGGGCAACUCCUUUAUGGAAAAGUAUACCUGAGGAUCAUAUUUUUACUGCUGAAGAAGCUGCAAAGACACUUCGUUGGCCCUCUUUGGAGGAAAUUGCUGCCAAGAACAAUUCUUCGGGUCACAAUAAAAUCAAGGGAGCUGGCGACGGCUCUUUACAAAAUGACCGCUUGGUUGCGGUGGAUGAGACUCAAACAGGGAAGCGCAUUUUUAGAUUAGUAGAUCUUUCUAACGGUGAUCUUUGGAAGCGUGAUACGGCUGGCAACAUCUACGUUACACAACGGGCAGCUACAUCAAAUUGAAUAUGCCUUGCCUUAAAAACCUCCUCUCUUAAUUUAGCAUAUCUUUUUUGUUAUGAUUUACAAUUCGAACUCUAAUUUACCCCGAUA